AUGGAAUCUAGGGAGAAGAACAGACAAGAAAAGAGGGCCAAGAUAGCGGACCAAAGCUACAGCCAGAAGCAGAGUGGAAAUUGGGCUAACAAAUGGCAGAAGAAAGAGAAUUGGGGUAAUGCACAGUCUGCAGCCAAUGCUCCGGUGACCAAACCCCCAGCCGGACAGCGCACUCAAGAUUUUCAGUAUAGGCAGGGGCCGAGGAUGCAGGGCCACAUCCAAAGAGACUUUCCGAUAACAAAGGGUAAUGUUGGUGGAGCCAAGUCACAGGCUAAUUCUUCUGCACCACCACUGCCUCAGAAGGGUGCCACUUCAGCUGCCGGAAAUGGCCGCAAUCGGUUGUAUGCCUUAACCAACCUCCAAGAAGCAGAGGCCUCACCGGAUGUAGUUAUUGGAGGGUGUACAGAAAUUGUGUGGUAA